AUGGAAACUCGUGUAGUUUGUCGUUGUGGAGUUGACGCUGUUGUGUGCAUAACCUGGAAGCCCACCAAUCCAGGGUUAGGUCACCUAACCCUUAUUUCAUUCUUCGGUCUGCCUCCAUCUAAUUCUCAGAAGCAAAUUUUUGAUGUUGCUGCGGUCUGCGCCUCACUUUCUCAGUUAACCCUUUUCACUUUCUCAGUUCUCACGCCUCAGCUCAGACUCAGUCCUCACUUCACAGCUUCAGUCUUCACUCUUCUUCACGCCUCACAAGUCGCACCCAGAGACUGUUGUGCUGGUGCUGCUCACUUCAGUCUUCACGCGACGCCUCAAGCUGCUCCCUCCUGCUCGUCGUUUCCUCUAGCUCUUCUCUGUGUUCCGGCGACCGCACUGAUGGAAGAUGAGGUAGAGAUGGUGAAUAAAGUUCAAGCCCUUGUAAAAUGUGGUGAAAGUGGUGCUUCAAAUGAUUCCACAAGCAACAUAGAAAAAUUACAAAGUAAAAGAAAGAAGAGAAGGGGAAUACCUUCAAAGUGGCGUGCACAAUAUCGUUCAUCAGGGUCAAGGAACUAUGGCUCUCUAGCUUAG